ACACACACAAACAGACAGACACGCACACACAGAGAGACACACGAACACACACACUUACACACACACACACUCAGCCCUCUCUCCGGUUACCGGGGCAGUGUCAAAUGUGUUUCUAUUUUCUCCAUCUCUCCCUCCGACCCGGAACUACACAGAGACAGAGACAGACAGACAGAGACAGAAAGAGAGAGCGAGAGACAGACAGAGAGACAGACAGACAGACAGAGAAAGAAAGAGAGAGCGAGAGACAGACAGAGAGAGGCCGGACCGAGCCGGAGCAGAACCAUAACAACAUGCAGCAGCUUCCCCCCUGCGUGAUAGACUGCGGGACCGGCUACACAAAGAUCGGCUAUGCUGGGAACACGGAGCCACAGUUCAUCAUGCCGUCCUGUAUCGCCAUCAGGGAGUCGGCCGGUGUGGGAGACACGGCCCAGAGGAGGCUCGCACCUGGACUCCACGACCUGGACUUCUACAUCGGAGACGAAGCCGAGGACAAACCCAACUACGCAACCAAGUGGCCCAUCCGUCAUGGCAUGGUGGAGGACUGGGAUCUGAUGGAGAAGUUUCUGGAGCAGGUGAUCUUCAAAUACCUGCGAGCUGAACCUGAGGACCACAGCUUCCUCAUGACAGAGCCUCCUCUCAACACCCCAGAGAACAGAGAGUACCUGGCAGAGAUCAUGUUCGAGACCUUCAACACACCUGGACUCUACAUCGCAGUGCAGGUGAGACAGACAGACAGACAGACAGACAGACAGACAGACAGACAGACAGACAGACAGACAGACAGACAGUUAAAAGAUCCUCUGGUCAAUGUCCUAAAACACAAGACUUUCACCCAGGAAACAGGUUGCCAUAAUGUAGUAGGAUAUCAUAUGAAUUGUUGUAACAUCGUGCUCUCUGGAGGAUCCACCAUGUUCAGAGACUUUGGGCGGCGACUGCAGAGAGACGUGAAGAGAGUCGUGGACGCCAGACUGAAACUGAGUGAAGAUCUGAGUGGAGGACGGAUAAAGCCGAAGCCGAUGGAGGUUCAGGUCAUCACACAUCACAUGCAGCGCUACGCCGUCUGGUUCGGAGGCUCCAUGUUGGCGUCCACGCCCGAGUUCCCCAGGUGUGUCACUCUAAGAAGGACUACGAUGAGAUCGGCCCCAGCAUCUGUCGACACAACCCCGUGUUCGGCAUCAUGUCCUGAUGCUAUCUGCUAGCCACCACACACUUAGUCACAGUGUGUGUGUGUGUGUGUGUGUGUGUGUGUGUGUGUGUGUGUGUGUGUGUGUGUGUGUGUGUGUGUGUGUGUGUGUGUGUGUGUGUGUGUGUUAGGAAUCAUGUCCUGAUGCUAUCUGCUAGCCACCACACACUUAGUCACAGUGUGUGUGUGUGUGUGUGUGUGUGUGUGUGUGUGUGUGUGUGUGUGUGUGUGUGUGUGUGUG